CUGGGUGAGUUCCUCUGGGGGGCUGAGAUCUCGCUGGUUGAGAACCAGGAGUUCGCCACCGUUUUGCUGGAGCAUCUGCUCGAUGAGUUCGGUGCCGAACCGGGCGAGCCUGUCUCGGUAGGCAACCACAAGCGUGAGCUUAUCGCCUUGGUGAAUUCGUUCCAGUAUGGUAGCAAGUCCCUUGCGCCGGUAGUUGAGUCCGGAUGCGACGUCGGUGAUGAUUUCAGCGUUGGGGUACUGCUGUUGCAUGAAAGCGACCUGGCGUUGGAGGUCGCCGGUCUGCUUGUGGCUGGAGACCCGGCAGUAGCAGAUGGUGGUGUUGGGCUUGGAAUUACCGAGGUAGGUUUGGACGUCAUAUCUGCGUUGUCCGCUCUGGGUUUUUAUGUAGGGGAUGAUGCCGGUGUCGGCGUAUCGGCGCAGGGUGUGAGGGUGGAGGCCAAGUAUCUUGGCGGCUUCUCGUGA